AUGGCUUCGUUUAAUCCAGACGAAUUGGGAAGAGUUGUGGCAAGCACAGUAGCCACUUUCUUGAGUCAUUCACCAGCAAGUUCGAGUGCAAAUGCCAAUACAUCGUCAACAUCAACAGCUACAACCUCGGCUUCGUCGACUAGUUCAAGUCGGGCACAGCAAAAUACUACUCAGGUUUGUAUAAAGAUUUAUAAAUAAAUACAUUAAAAUCAAAACUUCAUAUACUGCAGCUUAUUUUCAAUCAUCUAUUAUCGAAUCAGACAAGUCACAAGUGAUUACAAGAUGAAUAUAAGGAUGGCAGGAUGCCAUUGUCAUAAUUGCGCAGUACGCAUGAGAUUCAACAUGAUAUUCGAUAUGGUGUGAACUGACUCGUUUCAAUCACUCAGAAGUAAAAAUGAAAAAUAGCCAUUUCUUCUCUUCCAUUUCUGCGCUUGUUCGAAUAUAGUUUGCUUAUCAUGUGUAUCCGUGCUGUGCUUAAUAAAUAGUAAAAUAACCUGGGGUCGGUUGUUCAAAACUUGGUCUGGGGGGGGGAUUGGUUAGCCUGGUCCUGAACUGGGGACCGCAACAAAGGAGGACCCCAGAAAACUGCUCAGAAUGCAGGAUAUAGCGUUUCUGUUCCUGCAAUUUCAAAACUCCAGAUGCCCCUUAUUGUGCAAGGAAUUUGCAGUUGCAUCAAGUUCUAUUUCAAUCUGAUAUUAAUUAUUCUGAUGCCACCGCAAUUAAUAUUUGUGAAGAAUACUUCAUCAAGUAUAGUACAAAGUAACAGGAUUAUUUUUAACAUAUCUACAAGUGUGUGUGUGUGUGUGUGUGUGUGGGGGGGGGUUAGGAGCCCACAAAUAUGACUUUUCCAUGGGCACAAAAUUUCUCUUGGCAUCUGUGUGUGUGGUUCAUUUAUAAAUUUAAAAUUUUAGGUUGAUAGCGAUAGUAUCGAAACAAGACAGAUGGCAGAAUCUAGAGAGGAAGACCCCCUUUCUGAAAAUCAAGAAAUGGGGAGUAUUGCUAUGGCCAGGUAGUAAUAAUUUAAAUAUCAUUAAUUCACUAGAAAAUACAAUUUUGUGGGAAAACACUCAGUUUUUUCAAUUUGUAGUGCAUGAUAAAUCUGUUUUACAUUGUUUUCUAACACCUAAAAGUGCUAUUUAAAUUCCUAGGGGUGCUGGAAGACCCAAGAAAUGUGUCGGUACAGAUCAGUUGAAAGAUAUGAUUGCUCUGGGUUACAAAACAACACAAAUUGUCAGCCUUCUUGGGGUUUCAAGACCAACUGUAUAUCGGAUGAUGCAUGACGCAAACGUUAACCCAGUUGCUCGAUACACAGAUAUCACUGAACAUGAAUUGGACCAGAAACUUUCCAAUAUAAAGAUUGAUCACCCUAACAUUGGAGAAGUUAUGACAGCAGGUCACCUCAGGGCACAAGGUAUAAAAGUUAAAAGGUCUGAUUUGAGAUCAUCACUCCUAAGAGUAGACCCUGAAGGUGUUGCUGAACGUCGACGGACUCGUCUUCGCCAUCGUGUAUAUGAUAGUCCUGGCCCAAAUUAUGUUUGGCAUAUCGAUGGAACCAUAAAUUAGUUUGUUGGGGGUUUGUUGUUCAUGUGGCCAUAGAUGGUUUUAGCAGACUAGUGACUUUCGCUGAAGCUUCCACCAACAAUCUAUCCACCACUGUUUUUGCUCAUUUUCAAACAGCAUUUGCACAGUUUGGUCUUCCUGCCCGUGUGAGAUCAGACCAUGGUGGGGAAAAUGUAUUGGUAUGGCAGCGCAUUGCAGCUGUUAAUGGUCCGGAUAGUGUAAUUGUUGGUAGCUCUGUCCGUAACCAACGUGUGGAGAGAUUUAAUCUGGAUAUUAAUACCAAUGUAACAAGGCAGUUUUCUGCACUAUUCAGAGAUCUCGAGUUCGAAGGGCGCUUAAAUGUUUCAAAUGAAACUGACUUAUUUUGUUUGCAAUAUGUCUAUCUUUCAAGGAUAAACAGAGUUUUGCACCAAUUUAUAGCAGCGCACAACCAUCAUGCUAUUUCCAGUGAAGGGUCUGCAACGCCACUGCAACUAUUUCAUGCAUAUCAGCAUUUAACUGAACUGUACAGUUCAUCUGUUCACAGUGUUCCUUAUCCAGUAUUAAACGUACAGAACCUACUUAUUAAUCCUGAGGAGCUCCCUUAUGUUGAUGUUCAAGCCAGACAUUGUCCAUUGGUGCCAGAGAAAUUUGCGGAAUUGCAACGUUUAGUGAAUCCGAUGAGUCAAUCAAUGUGCUUUGGAAGAGAUUUAUUUGAUAGAACUAUAGACUUUGUUGCCCAAUCUUUGCUGGAGUAG